UCUCUAGCAUUUCGCUUUUUAGCAGUCUACUCAAUUUCUUCCUAGCGAUCAGUCGUCGGUGAUGUCAAGCUCACAGCCGCCUGUCGUCCUCUCUCAGCCAUGACGUCGAGCGGAAGCUGAUCCUGCAAUCUCCUCCUCCAGCGGCGGCUCAGUCUUCGUCGUCCGUACAGAAACCGGCUCAGCCGCCGUCGUCUACGAAGUCUCUCCGGCUCCCGGCGAGGCCCUGUUACGGAACUUUCGGCCGGAGAUGCAUUGUUCGUGCGAAUCAUUCGAUGUUGCUGAUAGAGAUCUCCACCACUAUGACUUAUGCUGUUGUGGGAAGGUCAUUCUUCCCUCCCAAAUUCGGUGAUACAGGUGAUCUUGGGGAUGGUUUAGAAUAUUGGAAAGGUUACUAUCAAAGCCUUCGCCCAACACAAAUGGGUCUUUCCCUUAAUAUUGAUAUCUCAGCAAGAGCAUUUUAUGAACCCAUUCUAGUUUCUGACUUUGUUGCGAGAUAUUGCAAUGUUAGAGAUUUAAGAAGGCCUCUUUCUGAUCAAGAUCGCAUUAAGGUUAAGAAAGCUCUAAAAAUGGUUAAGGUAGAACUCAUUCAUAGCAAGGAUGUUAAACAGCACAAAAUAUCAGGUGUAUCGGUGCAACCAACAAGUCAAUUAACAUAAGCUACUUAUCUUUGUGUCUUUCUUUACGCAAGUGAGUUUGGUGUGUGGUUUAUCUUCACCAUGUAGCAGCAGGGGGAAAAGCUUCACUAAAUGCACAUAAAGUUAGAAAAUGGUAGAAGGACAACAUAAAUGAGAUGAAGCACAAAAUUGGUGGAUGUUCGUGUGUUGUGAUACAUCUGAAAGUCAUAACUUAGUAGUUGGGAACGGGGAAGUAUUCUUGCCUUGCUCAUUAAUGGGAAUCCUGAAUUCUAAAUCAUAACAACCUUUAAUGAUUAAGUUUCUUCUUCAGUGGGAACAGUUUUACAGGAGUUUUAGAAGCAUCACAAAAAAUAUUAAAUGAUGCAAUUUUUAAACUGCAAGCUUAGAUCAUUGUACCAGCGAUACCCUGUAUCUUGCCAAAAUUUCUGAGCUAUGAAUAUUUGCCAAAACUUUUGUUGAAUAAAAGUUGAAUUUUGUUAAAAUUUAAUUUUAGGUGGUUUUUUUAAGUACCUGAGGAGAAUUUAAGAUGGAAGGAAUGGAUAACGGAUUGUUUUUGGGAUUCUCAUAAAGUUUCAAUCACCUAAUGUUUCUCUUUAUAGGGUUAAAAGCAAUCGAACUAUUUAUUAAAUUGAAUUUUUUUUUUUUCUUUUGGUUUUUGUUUUGGGGGGGUUGGUUAUGUCUUCUUUUGUUUUGCUUUUUUUCUAAUGCCUAUUAUUUUAGGCAGUAUGUUUGCCUAGGUCUAGGACUUCGUUUGAUAGUUAAGUGAAUUGUUUGAGUUUUUGUUUUCUUGCUAAUUUAUGUAUUGGAUGGAUAACAAACCAGAAGGGGAAAUGAUAUUGUAAUUUCAUCAGUUCACUUUAGAUUGGCUAUCUUUUUUAAACUGGUGGCAUUUUUAUCAUUUAUUUGAUGUUUGUCUUUUUUCUGAUUUUAUUACUUAUUUUUUGGGGCAAAAUUUAUUUGACCCCAUCAUGAUUUUUGAGGCCAUUUAAGUCCCAUGUGGUUUUGGACUAAAGUUCCACCAUUAGUUUUUCCAUCCAAGCUAAAGUUCUCGCAAUCACACUUCAUUUUUGAGAGUGGAUUUGGUUUUCUAAAAAAAUUAAGUGAAAUUAACACAACAAAAAGGCAAUUUUACCUGCAUCUUCUCCAAACCUAAAAUUUAAUUAAGAUGUUAAUUAAAGUAAAAUAAAUUUAAAAAUAUAAUAAAGGAUUGAUCUAAAAUAUAAUUAAAUUAAAAUA